AUGGCUGCAACAUUUUCUUCGAUUGUAUCAAAUUAUUCAACAAAUCCAUCCGAUGUGCUAACAGGCAUAACAACUGUGAAAAUAGAUCAACAAAAUUUUGAUGAAGAAACAUUUAAUUUUUUACCGCGUCUUGCUGAUAUUCUCAAAAGUACAGAAAAAAAUCCAUCAGAUAUUAAAUUAAAAUUCGACGAAUUGCGGAAACAAUUUGAAUCAUGCUAUGAUAUCAUCCAAAAACUCGAUGGUAUCGACUCAUCUGUAAAUGAACAACAAAAACAACUAAUUCUAACGGAUAAUGAAUUAAGAUCAAAAACACAAUUAUUAAAAAAGCAUAUUGAUUUUUCAAAAUUUGAUUUGAACGCUUCAUUUCCUUCACCUAGCAAUAAAUUUGUCAUGGGUCGUACAGUGUUUAUUGAAACAUCCAUAUUAAACGAGCAAUUGUCAACUAUACCAUCAAACCGUUUUGCAUUCGGUUUAUUAUGCGGCCAAUCGACAAAUCAAGAGAAAGAUUAUAUUCAUUAUAUCGUCGAUAUGACCAAAGAUUUGAGUGUACCAUUAGAUGUGGAUAGUUUUGAUACAAUCACUGCAAAAUCAAACAAAAAACUAUGGGAAAAAAUUCCAGAAUUAACGACGAGUCUUUGUGCUGGUGUAACAGUUAUUGGAUUUUAUUGUAAAACCAAAUCGGAUAUUUUAAAAUCAUCAAAUUUCUCGUUAAAAAUUCGUCGUCUAUUUGACAUUUUACAACGUUCAUUAACCAUGUAUUCUCCAUUUAGUUUGAAACAAUCGUCACAUCGUCUACUAUUACAAGGUGAAUAUGGAAAUAACGCAAAAUGGGUGAUGAAAACAUUAGAUAUGAGUACAGAGGAAAUUAAUUUUCGUACAGCUGAUUUGAAAACCUAUAGUAAAGCAGCAAGUUUUUGUAUAACAACAGUGGUACCUAUUCAGCUACCUAUUUGGUUAACAACAACAACAAUGAACAGUACCCUGAAACAAAUUGAAACGGAAUUUGAAGAACAAUGGAAGAUUUAUACCGAUAACCUGAAAGAAAGUUUGCUGGUGAUGGAUAAUCGUCUACUUUUGAUGAAUUCACCAAUUUUUACUCAACAACAACAACAGCAACAACAAAUAGAUGUUCAGUGGCUUUCACCAGUUGAAGUGAAUUUAAAAAAUAAUGAUAUGUAUAAUGGUAGAAUAUGUUGUAAACUUGAAGGUAGUUUUAUGCUACGUGCUUAUAUAACAACACCAAAAAUAACUGGAAAUGAAUUACGUCAAUAUUUUAUUGAAGAUUUAUUUCGUACAAUGUUAAUUCGUUUUAAUCUUGCAUUAAUCAAUACUGAAAAUGAAAAUGAGAAUAAAAGUGAUACUAAGUUUUUGACAAAUACUAAUCAGCAAAUAGUUUUACCCAGACGUUUUUAUACGGUGAUGAAUCGAGAAAAGACGUUACCAUUAUUCAUCACUGGAUAUCAAUUAUCAGAUGAAACAAUACAAACAGUAGUGGAUUGUGUGAAAGAAAACUUUCAUUUAGAACUUGAUGAAGAAGAUUUAGAAGCUGGAGAAGAAUUUCCAUUAGAAUUGACAACAACAGAACGUACAAAACAAUUUAAUACCACAAUGACGAAUAAUAAAAGUAGCGGUAACACAUCCUUAUUAUCUUCAAGAAAUUUGAUGGAAAAAUUGAUGCAGUAUGGAAGUAAAAAUGUUGUUCUAACUAUCACGUUGAUUACGAUUAUUGUUGGUCUAGUUAGUAUUAUGUUAAAAAUGUUUUAA